ACACCGAAGAAAACAAUUUGUUGUGGCAAAGUCAAUAAGAUUGACGGAGAAAGAUUUAAAAUUCAAAGGAAACGGUUCCAGUUUUCGUGUUUCAAAAUUUCUUUUUCCUCACCAAUAAUUUCAUUUCAAACCGUGGAAUGUGUUCCACAUAAACACCAUCAAUUAACCCAAACCAUAUCUCCACAAAAUCAAAGAAGCAUGGGUUCCAAAGACAAGCAUGACGACGACGAAUCGCUCAGUGUAGGCCUAAAGGUGAUGCUAGCAGCAGCUAUCUCUUUAUUUGCUGUGAUCUCAAUAAUCAUCAUCGUCCAUUUUAGUGUCAAAUAUUUCAUCAGACGCCAACAAAGGAGACGCCAAAACGACCUUCUACACCAGAUCACCACUCAGAUUGCACCGAUUGAUGUCAGUUCUGUGGAGCCACGCAACCCUGGACUUCAAACUUCCAUCAUAGCGUCUCUGCCUAAACUAUUCUACAACCAAACGGAACAGUUCAAGCGAGGUGAAGUGAUAGAGUGUUCGGUUUGCCUGGCCACUGUUAUGGAGGAUGCAAUCACUAGAGUGCUACCAAAUUGUAAGCACAUUUUUCAUGUUGAUUGUGUUGAUAAAUGGUUUAAUUCUAACACCACGUGCCCAAUUUGCCGCACUGUGGUUGACCCAAAGGUGUCACCGGAAGAAGAACAUGUCCAACCCACAGCACCACCUGUUGUGGGCGGUGAUGAGCUGCAAGAUGGAAAUGAAAUGGAGAAAGUGGGGUGUUCGGGUUUGAGAAUAGGAUCUUUCCAUAGGAUGGUUAGUAACAGGGAAAGAUCGGGGAGGAGUCACAGUUGUGAUGAAUCUACAAUAGAUAUAGGAAGACACUGAAUUAACUACUUUCUUGUAUUGUUAUUUUCUAAUAUAUCUUGGUUCGGUUAUGGGGUGUUGGAUUGUUUAUCUAUCUGUGAUUUCUAUGUAUUUCUGUUUAUUGUUUGAGGGAUAAACUAUAUAAAUAAUGUUAUUUUAAGUUUGAUAGGUUAGUCUUAU